AUAAAGAAAGAAGUGGGUGAUGUGACCAUCGUGGUGAAUAAUGCUGGGGCAGUAUAUCCAGCCGAUCUUCUUAGUACCAAGGAUGAGGAGAUUACCAAAACGUUUGAGGUCAACAUCCUAGGACAUUUUUGGAUCGUAAAAGCCUUUCUUCCAUCAAUGAUGAAGAGAAAUCAUGGUCACAUUGUCACAGUGGCUUCAGUGUGCGGCCACAAAGUGGUUCCUUAUCUCAUCCCACAUUGUUCCAGCAAAUCUGCUGCUGUUGGCUUUCACCAAGCUCUGACAUCAGAACUUGAAACCUUGGGAAAAUCUGGUGUCAAAACUUCAUGUCUCUGCCCAGUUUUUGUCAAUACUGGGUUCGCCAAAAACCCAACCACAAGAUUUCUUCCAGAACGUGCCUUGGCAGCUUUGAAUCAUGUCCAGAAUAUUCAGUUUGAAGCAGUGGUUGGCUACAAAACCAAAAUGUAA